AUGUGGAGGACGGCCCGCGAUUCGGUAUGUUUGUUCUGCCGCUCGGCAACAAGACCCCGGACCGCCCUCGUCGAGACCCCGCAGACGCAGUCAUGGCUCGGACUUCGAGCCUUUGCCACACGGCCCCACGAACCCAGAGACCGUCGCCCAUCGCGCAUGGUCUUAUCCGAUCGAGUAUCACAAGGGCCACGGUCUCGCGAUGGCCCAAAACCUCGCCGUGAGGUCGACGGGCCCUGGUCGGCCACCAACCGGACCGUUGCGAAUAUCGACCCCGACCGACGACGAGGAGGAGAAGGGAGAGGAAGAGGAGGACCGCCAUCUCGAGGAGGCCCCCCCGGACGGGACCGCGGCGGUACUAGGGAAAGAUACCUGGGGGAAACACGAGACAAAGACGCCACUCGCUUCAAGGCCCUCAAGAUGCAGCGCUCCCUCGCCAGCGUUUCGUACCGCGAACGGUUGACCGUCAAGAACCGUAUCUCCGACGUCGAUUCGUUUGACCAGUUCAACCUGCUUCCGCCCAUCCAAGAGGCCAUUCAGAACGAAGUGCUGAAGGGUAUGGUGGAUAUCAAGCCGACGCCCGUCCAGAGACUCGCCGUUCCCGCGCUGAUGGGGCAGCCCAUCGGCCGGCAGGAGCGAGAGCCCGAUCCCCGCCAGAGCCAGAGGAGAGCGGUUGAGAAGAGAAGGGAAGAGUUCCUGUUGGCUGCCGAGACAGGCUCCGGCAAGACGCUGGCGUACCUGCUGCCUGUUAUCAAUGCUUUGAAGGAAGGCGAGGCGGGCGACGAGGCGGUUGCAGCGUACGAGAAGCGGCUGGCGGCCGAGCAGGAACACCGCGGGGGUGCCCCAGUGUCUGAAUGGAUCGACAAGUUCGAACCACACCCAAAUCACGCCCGCCCGCGCGCCAUCGUGUUGGUCCCCACAGCCGAGCUCGUCAGCCAGGUCCUCACGACGGCGAAAAAGAUCUCCCACGUUGCCAAGCUCAAGGUCCGCGGCAUCUCGGCCACCUACAACCCGCUCAAGAUCGAGCGCAACAUGUACAGCCACGGCGGCAUCGACAUGAUCGUGGCGACCCCGCAUCUCCUGGCUUCCAUGGCCGACAGCGACCCCAACAUCCUCUCGCGCGUGAGCCACCUGAUCGUCGACGAAGCCGACUCCCUCUUCGACCGCUCCUUCUCGGCCGAGACCUCCAAGAUCCUCGACCGCGCCACGCCCUCGCUCAAGCAGCUCAUCCUCUGCUCGGCCACGAUCCCCCGCCACCUCGACAACUACCUCGCCGCGCACUUCCCCCACAUCCGGCGCAUCGCAACCCCCAACCUGCACGCCAUCCCGCGCCGCGUGCAGUUGGGCGUCAUCGACGUGGCUAAGGACCCGUACCGCCACAACAAGCUGCUAGCCUGCGCCGACGCCAUCUGGACCAUCGGAAAGGACGCCGCCAUGCACGAGGGCGCGAGCAAAGACGAGGUCGAUGUCAAGCGAAUCAUGGUCUUUGUCAACGAGCGCGAGACCACCCAGGAAGUCGCCGACUACCUCCUCUCCCGCGGCAUCGACGCCAUCGCCAUGCACCGCGACACCCCCGAGAACCGCCAGAGCGAGAUGCUCGCCAGCUUCACCAGCAACGCCCCUCUAUCCACGAAGGCCGACGGCUCUGAUGCUGGUUCUUCCCCGGUCCCAUCUGCCGCUAGACGCUUACCCAACACCAAGGUGAUCGUGGCUACGGAUCUGGCGUCGCGGGGUAUUGACACGGUGGCUGUCCGGCAUGUGGUGCUUUUUGACGUCCCGCAUACGACCAUCGACUUUAUCCACCGGCUGGGCCGGGCUGGGCGCAUGGGUCGGCGUGGACGGGGUGUGGUGCUGGUGGGCAAGCACGAUCGGAAGGAUGUGGUGGCCGAGGUGAAGGAGGCUAUGUUUAUGGGGCAGGCUUUGAUUUAG